AACAGAGUAUCAGUGUAUGUAAUCAGACAAGAAGACAUCUUUAAAGUCCCACCUGGAAGAGAUCAACCAAUGAGAACAGUGAUGACAAAGGGAGUGGCUGGCAUUGGGAAAACAGUCUUAACACAGAAGUUCACUCUGGACUGGGCUGAAGACAAAGCCCAUCAGAACAUCCAGUUCAUAUUUCCGUUCACUUUCAGAGAGCUGAAUGUGCUGAAAGAGAAAAAGUUCAGCUUGGUAGAACUUGUUCAUUAUUUCUUUAUUGAAACCAAAGAAAUCUGCAGCUUUGAACAUUUCCAGGUUCUGUUCAUCUUUGAUGGCUUGGAUGAGAGUCGACUUCCUCUGGACUUCCACAACAAGGAGAUCCUGACUGAUGCUACAGAGUCCACCUCAGUGGAUGUUCUGCUGACAAACCUCAUCAGGGGGAAACUGCUUCCCUCUGCUCUCCUCUGGAUAACCACACGACCUGCAGCAGCCAAUCAGAUCCCUCCUCAGUGUGUUGGCAUGGUGACAGAGGUCAGAGGGUUCAAUGACCCACAGAAGGAGGAAUACUUCAAGAAGAGAUUCAGAGAUGAGGAGCAGGCCAGCAGGAUCAUCUCCCACAUGAAGACAUCACGAAGCCUCCACAUCAUGUGCCACAUCCCAGUCUUCUGCUGGAUCACUGCUACAGUUCUGGAGGAUGUGUUGGAGACCAGAGAGGGAGGAGAGCUGCCCAGAACCCUGACUGAGAUGUACAUCCACUUCCUGGUGGUUCAGACCAAAGUGAAGAAGGUCAAGUAUGAUGGAGGAGCUGAAACAGAUCCACACUGGAGUCCAGACAGCAGGAAAAUGAUUGAGUCUCUGGGAAAACUGGCUUUUGAUCAGCUGCAGAAAGGAAACCUGAUCUUCUAUGAAUCAGACCUGACAGAGUGUGGCAUCGAUAUCAGAGCAGCCUCAGUGUACUCAGGAGUGUUCACACAGAUCUUUAAAGAAGAGAGAGGUCUGUACCAGGACAAGGUGUUCUGCUUCAUCCAUCUGAGUGUUCAGGAGUUUCUGGCUGCUCUUCAUAUUCAUCUGACCUUCAUUAACUGUGGGGUCAACCUGAUGAAAGAUGAUACACCAUCAUUUUUCUCUACAUUUUUUAACAGAUCAAAUAUAAUUUCUCUCCAUCAGAGAGCUGUUGACCAGGCCUUACAGAGUCCAAAUGGACACCUGGACUUGUUCCUUCGCUUCCUCCUGGGACUUUCACUGCAGACCAAUCAGAAACUCUUACAAGGUCUGCUGACACAGAGAGGAAGUAGCUCACAGGCCAAUCAGGAAACAGUUCAGUACAUCAAGGAGAAGAUCAGUGAGAAUGUGUCUGCAGAGAAAAGCAUCAAUCUGUUCCACUGUCUGAAUGAACUGAAUGAUCGUUCUCUAGUGGAGGAGAUCCAACAGUCUCUGAGUUCAGGAAGUCUCUCCACAGAUAAACUGUCUCCUGCUCAGUGGUCAGCUCUGGGUUUCAUCUUAGUGUCAUCAGGAAAAGAUCUGGAUGUGUUUGACCUGAAGAAAUACUCUGCUUCAGAGGAGGUUCUUCUGAGGCUGCUGCCAGUGGUUAAAGCCUCCAACAAAGUUCUACUGAGUGUCUGUAACCUCUCAGAGAGAAGCUGUGAAGCUCUGUCCUCAGUUCUCAGCUCCCAGUCCUCCAGUCUCAGAGAACUGGACCUGAGUAACAACAACCUGCAGGAUUCAGGAGUGAAGCUUCUCUCUGCUGGACUGAAGAGUCCAAACUGCAACCUGGAAACUCUCAGGUAAAAUGUUCUCAAUCCUGGUGAAACCAGAUUUCUGUC